AUGGGACCCGGGACCACCGGGAGGGGACCCGGGACCGCCGGGAGAAGCUCCGGGACCACCGGGAGGGGACCCGGGACCACCGGGAGCGGACCCGGGACCACCGGGAGCAGCUCCGGGACCACCGGGAGCGGACCCGGGACCACCGGGAGCGGACCCGGGACCACCGGGAGCAGCUCCGGGACCACCGGGAGCGGACCCGGGACCACCGGGAGCGGACCCGGGACCACCGGGAGCAGCUCCGGGACCACCGGGAGGGGAUUUGGGAGCACCGGGACCACCGGGAUCCUCCUGCUCCUCCUGGCAGCGGCGGCGGCGACACCGACCACAGCCCCCUCCCCGUGCCCCCCCGACCACCUCCAGUGCGGCGACCUCUCGUGCCUGUCGCGACAUUUCCAGUGCGACGGGGACCGCGAUUGCCCCGACGGCCGCGACGAGCGCGGCUGCGCCCCUCCCCCCGCCGGCCCCUCCCCUCCCCCCCCGCCCUGCCCCCCCUCCUCGUUCCGCUGUCGCGACAGCAGCUGCGUGCCGCGCCUCUGGCUCUGCGACGGCGAGCGCGACUGUCGCGACGGCGAGGAUGAGGAGGGGUGCGCGCCCCGCCCCCCCCAGCCCUGCCCCCCCCUGCAGUUCUCCUGCGGGUCCGGCGAGUGCGUCACCAGGAGGUGGCGCUGCGACGGCAGCCCCGACUGUCGCGACAGCUCCGACGAGCUGGGGUGCCCCCCGCCCCCGCCGUGCCCCCCCGGGCAGUUCCGCUGCCGGGACCGGCGCUGCAUCCCCGCGGAGCGCGCGUGCGACGGGACCCGCGACUGCCGCGAGGGGGACGACGAGGAGGCGUGUCCUGAGGGUGGGGGCGGGGCCGGGGAGGGGCGUGUCCUGAGGGGUGGGGGCGGGGCCGGGGAGGGGCGUGUCCCGAGGGUGGGGGCGGGGCGUGUCCUGAGGCCCCGCCCUGCGCCCCCCCCCGCGCGGUUCCGCUGCCGCUCGGGCGAGUGCAUCGCGCUGGAGCGCGUGUGCGACGGGCGCCGCCACUGCCGCGACUGGUCCGACGAGCCGCUCAAGGAGUGCGGAGUGAACGAGUGCCUGCAGGGGGCUGGGGGCUGCUCCCACGGCUGCCGGGACCUCCCGGUGGGCUUCGAGUGCCGCUGCCCCCCCGGGCUGGGGCUGGGCCCCGACAACCGCACCUGCCACGGCCCCCCCGGGACCCUCCUGGUGGGGACCCGGCACCAGCUCCUGGCCCUGGGGGGUCCCGAGCCCCAAAUCCUGCGGGGGUCCCUGAAGCACGCGGCCGCGCUGGAGGCGCACGUCGAGGGGGGGUCCCUGUUCUGGGGGGACCCCAGCGAGGGCCGGAUCUACAGAGCCCCGCUGGCCUCGGGCCCGGCCGUGCCGCUGGCGCUGCGCCCCGGCCCGGGCGCUCCGGCCGGGCUGGCCCUGGACUGGACCCGGCCCAGUAUAAACCAGUACAGACCAUAUAACCCAGUCUCCCCCAGAGCCCCGCUGGCCUCGGGCCCGGCCGUGCCGCUGGCGCUGAGCCCCGGCCCGGGCGCUCCGGCCGGGCUGGCCCUGGACUGGACCCGGCCCAGUAUAAACCAAGCCCCCCUGGCCUCGGGCCCGGCCGUGCCGCUGGCGCUGCGCCCCGGCCCGGGCGCUCCGGCCGGGCUGGCCCUGGACUGGACCCGGCCCAGUAUAAACCAAGCCCCGCUGGCCUCGGGCCCGGCCGUGCCGCUGGCGCUGCGCCCCGGCCCGGGCGCUCCGGCCGGGCUGGCCCUGGACUGGACCCACGGGCUGCUCUACUGGAGCGAGCCCAACGGCGGCCGCGUGGCCGUGGGCCGGCCCGGGGGCUCCCGGCACCGCACCCUGCACUGGGACCCCCAGAGCCGGCCCUGGGCCCUCGCCGUGGACCCCCAGAAUGGAAUGGAUGAUGAUGAUGAUUGUGAAGAUGAUGAUGAUGAUGAAGAUGAAGAUGAUGAUGAUGAAGAUAACCCCCCCCAGACCCCUCCUCGCGCCACCUGUUCUGGGGGGACGGGCGAUGACGGUGAUGAUGAUGACGAUGAUGAUGAUGAUGAUGAUGAUGAUGAUGAAGAUGAUGAAGAUGAAGAUGAUGAUGAAGAUAACCCCCCAGACCCCCUCCUCGCGCCGCCUGUUCUGGGCGGACGGGGGAUGGAUGACGGUGAUGAUGAUGAUGAUGAUGAUGAUUGUGAUGAUGAUGAUGAUGAUGAUGAUUGUGAUGAUGAUGAUGAUGAUGAAGAUGAUGAUGAUGAUGAUAACCCCCCCCAGACCCCUCCUCGCGCCGCCUGUUCUGGGCCGACAGGCGACCCCUCCUCGCGCCGCCUGUUCUGGGCGGACGGGCGGAUGAUGAUGAUGAUGAUGAUGAUGACGGUGACCGAUGAUGAUGGUGAUGAUUGUGAUGACCCCUCCUCGCGCCGCCUGUUCUGGGCCGACGGGCGGCUCCAGGCCGUGAGCAGCGUGGGGCUGGACGGGAGCGACCGGCGCACGCACCUGAGAGACCCCCGGCACCUGGGGCAGCCCCUGGGGCUGGCUGCGCUCGGGGGCUGGCUGGUGUGGACCGACCCCCCCCGGGGGUCCCUGGUGGCCGCGGAGCUCGGGGGGGGCUGGGGCCGCCCCUCCCCCCCCCGGGUGGUGGCUGAGGAGCUCUUCAGCCCCGAGGCCGUGCUGCUGCUGCACCCCGACAGGCAGCCCCCAGGCCGGGACCGCUGCUCCGCCUCCCCCUGCUCGUUCCUGUGCCUCCCCUCCCCCGCCCGCGGCCCCGGCUCCGCCCCCUUCACCUGCGCCUGCCCCGACGGGGAGCACCUGGGGGGGGACGGACACACCUGCGAGACAGACCCCCCCGGGACCCCCCCAGCCCCCGAACCGGACCCUGAGCGCGGAGGGGAACAACGCCUCGGCAGGUGACCUCGGCCAGGUGGGCGGGCCCAAGGGGGCGGGGCCGUUGAUGACGUCACUGGGGAUCCUGCUGCCCAUUGGGCUGGCGCUGUGCCUGGCGGCCGCGGGGCGGGCGCUGUGGCGGGGCUGGCGCCGGCGCAGCAC